AUGUUUACAGAGGAAAAGAAGAAAAACAGAAAGUAUGGAACAAUCUUUCUCUACUGCUUCUUCUGUUUCGUACUCGUCGUGGAAGUCGCAAGAUUCGCAAAACCUUAUUACAACAACCUUCAAAACCUAAUGGAGGCAGGAGCAUUAGUCGUAGAAGAAGGAUUCGUGGACGUGGAGCAAUCAGGGACACAUCCACCAUGUCACUCCAUGAGAUCUCGCAGAUCUGCCUCCGUUCCUGCUCGGAACCACGAGAAGCUCACGGGACUAGUAAGGCGAGAAGAUAGAGCUCGUCCUCCAUCUUCCUACUGCGUGAAGUUCCAGUCUUUUGCCACUAUGGCGAAACUAGUCAAAGACAACGGUGACAAGUACGAGUCACGUCCUUUCUCCGUCGGUGGAUACAACUGGACGUUACUAAUCUACCCAAACCAGAACAAGCCAGAGGGAUCGGGUGGAUACGUUUCGAUGUACGUGAGAAUCGAUAACUCAACCCUCAUCGCCAAUCCAAGAGAUGUGUAUGCAGAGAUCACAUUCAUGACCUAUAAAAGCACUAUAGACAAGUACCAUUUUCUUCAGGAGACUGAUGCGCAGCGAUUUCAUUUGUUUAAACAACAAUGGGGACAGCUAAACUUUCUUGAGAUUGGGUAUUACCAAAAUCCGGCAUAUGGAUUCAUUUUCGACGGUGGACAAAGUGUGUUUGGCGUUGACAUCUUGGUUGCUGAUCCCUUUAAGGAAUGGGAAGUUUUCUCUUACGAAGAAAACAUUCGUGACCCUAUUAUCGAUUGGAAACUCACCAAAUUCUCUACUCGCAAUCUUGACUCUUACACUUCUGAACCGUUUUCUUCCGGAGGAAGAGACUGGGUAUUGAAAGUGUAUCCAAAUGGAGUUGGGCAUGCAACGGGUAAUUCCUUGUCACUCUUUUUGUUGAGUGCGUCAAACGAAAAGGGUUACGUGAAAGCCAAGUUACGUGUUAUUGACCAGAUCCGAUCAACCCAUGUGGAGAAACAAGUGGAUGGAUGGCCCAACGCAACAGAGAACGGAUGGGGUUAUGUGAAAUUUAUACCACUAGCAGAUAUCAAAGACUCAGCCAAAGGUUUCCUCGUGAACGAUACUCUCAAAGUUGAAGUCGAGCUCUUGUCCUUCUCUAAAACCGACUCUCCUUAA